AUGAAGUUAGGACUUGGAGUUGGUAUUGCUAUGUCCCUAGCUGCUACCGCCCAGGCGGGCUGUCCAGACUACACCACCUAUGCACAGCAGAGUCCUCAAGGAAAUCCCUCCACUGGUCCUCUGGGGUUACCUUACAUGCGGCCCGACCCCGCUUGCAGGACAUUUACCAGCACAUCGGUGGAGAAAGUUAUUCUGGACAUGAAGUCGCGUCUUAAAGACCCUGACAUCGCGCGCCUCUUUGAGAAUACUUUCCCGAAUACCCUCGCAGAUACUACUGUGAAAUAUUACGAUGAGGCGGAGAAUUUAGCAUUUAUCAUCACUGGAGAUAUCACUGCGCAGUGGUUGCGUGAUACUGGCAAUCAGUUUGCUCAUUACAACGCCCUUCUCUCAAGUGAUGCUGAGCUCGCCAAUCUGGUCAAGGCUGUGAUCAAUAACGAGGCUCGCUAUGUUUCACAGUACCCUUACUGUGGUGCCUUCCAACCUCCCCCCGAAAGUGGUUUGGGACCCUCCGUCAAUAAUUGGGCUCUAAACGUUCUUGUUAACCCUCCUGUGAAUAAUCAAACUGUGUUUGAGUGCAAGUAUGAAAUCGACUCGCUAUGCGGCUUCAUCAAGCUUUCCUACUCUUACUAUGAAGCAACAAAGGACGCAUCCAUGAUGAAUGCAGAAUGGCUCGCCGCAAUUGACCAGAUUUUCCAUGUCAUUAACGAGCAGUCUCAAGCUUCUUUUGAUGCUGAUUGGAACUUCGUCUCUUACUACAACUGGACGGGCCUUCCUGGUUCCCUUGCUGGUUCAGUAAAUAAUGGCGGAAAUGGUGAGCCCAAGGGAUAUACUGGUAUGGUUGGCACGCACCAUAGACCUUCCGAUGACUUGAGCACAUUUGCUUUCCUUACGCCAGCUAAUGCUAUGCUGAGCGUUCAGCUAACCAAUCUGGCUACUAUUUUGGAUGACGCCAAUGUGGCCCCUGAUGUUAGCGCUCGGGCGAUGCAAUGGAGCAAUACAAUAGAACAGGCCAUCUGGGAAUACGCUGUUGUUGAUGACAUCUUUGCAUACGAGACUAAUGGAUUGGGUUCACGUUAUGUGAUGGAUGAUGCGAACGUUCCGUCUCUCCUGUCGCUACCCUACCUUGGUUUCCUCGACAUGAAUCACCCCGCUUACGUGAAGACCAAGAAGAUGCUCCUGUCCCGCGGAAACCCUUACUAUGCGAAAGGUAGAAAUUUCAGUGGCAUUGGUGGACCUCACAUAGAUGUCUGGAACACUUGGCCCAUGUCUCAGGUCACCAACAUCUUUGGAACUAAUGAUGACGAGGAGAUUUUGACCUCAUUGUACACUAUUGUUAAUAACACUGGUGGCCUUGGUUUGAUCCACGAGUCGAUCAACAUCUACAACUCCUCAGACUAUACUCGUCCCUGGUUCGCGUGGGCUAAUAGUUAUUUCUCUGAGAUGCUUCUGGACCUUGCACAGAGGAAGCCCCAUCUGAUCUUUACGGAUAAUGAGCCGUAUACACCUGGACAGUAA